CGUGAAGUCCCAAGAUUGACUCAACGAAUUUACACAACAUUUAUUUAACUUACGGUUGGUAAUCUGAAAAGGUCAAGGAGUGGAGGAAAAGACAAGAGGAAGGCAUAGACAUACUUGGUAAUUUAUCAUGGUCUUGGAAGAGAGAUGGCUGAGGUGUGGAGUAGCAUUGUACAAAGUGUUGGCACCAGUUUUACGAGAAAACGUCAAGCAAACAAUGGCAAAACAUUAUACAGGCUUGGAAAAGAACUUGAAUAUUCAUGCCGCAAGCUUCACUCUCAAGACCCUAACUUAUGAUUCUGUGAAGAAUGAUGCAACCUUUCAUCAACUGAAAUUUGAGAACAUCAACCAGAACAAGUCAAAACAUGGAGCAAAUAAAGCAGCUUAUGAUUAUAGUGUCAACCAUCCUGUAGACUUAGCCAAGCUGUACCUACCAGAAGACCAUGCAUGCCUUUCAGCUUUUGAUGAGUCAUUUGGGGUAGGUGCCCCUCUUCUGCUGUUGUCACGCUCCAAGCUUUUAGUAGAAUUGCACUCAAAGAAGUCUGUUUCAGUGCAGUCUUCAGCAGAAGAUGUCAGGAAAAUUGUCUGGAACAAGUGGGCACAUUUCAAUCUGAAUGACUGGACUCAUGAGAUGUUCACAGACUGUUUCUCAAUAAUGAAAACUUUGGUAGAAAAAUUAAGCCUCCCCAAUGGCAUGAAAAGGCACAUCAUUCAGGAACUUUCUUCUCUUGAAGGUGGGGAUAUUGAGAAAGAUGCUGGUGUUCCUCAUAAAAGUGGACACCCAAAAGAACCUAAGCUGAAAUCCUCUCCAAGCUCAAAGGAAAAAAGAGGCACUAAACUUCCUUGGACACAAGCUUUGUACAGGGCUGGGACGGACAGAAGCCCGUCAUUUGAGGUGAUAAAUGAUAAUGAAGUUUGGCUGUUACGGAAUCCUGCAUUGUAUUAUCCACUUGAUCAAGAACAGCCUAGACCUAGUACCAGAGCUAAUCCAGUCGUCGAAGUUCGCCUUUGGAAAACAUUCGUCGCUCUUUUUCCAGAUACCCUAAUAGCAGAACCACAUCCAAGCUUAGAGGACGUUGUUGUUGUCAAACUGAAAGAGACUCUAAGUAUAAACAACAUUUCAAGCACGUUGAAUGAGACGUUAUUGACGUCAUUGCCAUGGAAGCCAUCCAAAAUGCCAAUUUGCAAGAGAGGAAUACCCGUUAUGAGCGUCAAUUUCCUUGCUCGCGCUGUCUCAAUGUACUUAAACGACAACUCCCCCGUUACUCCAGAAGAAUAUAAUUUCCAGGCUGAGCUGAAAGCUGCCAGUCACUGGCGAUUUUUAAGUGAGAACGACCAGAUUAAGUUUGUAUCAGGCCAUUUUGAUGAUGUACAAGUCAAGAAGGCUGCUGCAUUUGCUUUGAGAAGAUGGAAUAAAGAAUUGAGUGAAAUUGAGAGCGGAGAAACAGACGCGCACAAAAUGCAGGAUGAUGAUAGAGACGAUUCCAAAGACACCUCAAUUGAAGAACGAAUUUCAGAUCUGGAGGAGGAUAUAUUUUCAUUGAGGAUGUUUUACAACAUGACUUUAGAAGAAAAAGAAUAUAAGAGUUCACCCAAGACGCGAGAGGAUUGCAACGGCCUUUUAAGCAUGAAGGUGUCAAAGUUGACGUGAAAAAAGAAUAUUCCAACUAAGACUCCACUCAAACGGAAAUUUUCGGAAUCGUUAUUGGAGAAGCGUGAGCCGGUAGAAAAAUUCCGACGGGUGCAGAAGGUCAUAGGUUGAUCCACGUUGCGGCUACCGCAUGAAGCAGUUUCUUUUCUUCGAUAGCAAAAACCGACUGUUUCCUUCGUGGAAGAUAAAUUUUCUCCCACUGAAAAAACUGGAAGCUUUCCAGAAGUUCAGAGUUUCAGAAGAAAUUCUUAUUUUACAAUUAUUCCACUUACGCAUGAUGGAUAUGAGGUGAUAAAUAGCCAACUUAACUCAUCCCCACGGAUCUCGUUGGCUAUCUGUAUCAGCCAUCUCAUAUUCAACAAGCACUAGUGGAAUAAUUGUUUCAUUAAAAACGCUCCAAAAUAUAGAUUAAGCCUCCUAACUUUAAAAUUUUUAAGCUCCGUUUUAAUUUGGAGCUGACGCGUACACUUACCACAUUUGUAGAGCAUGGUAUAAUGGCGCAUACCCCAUUAUCGCUAAGCCAAUGAAAACCCUUUAGAAAUUGUAGCAUCCAGUGAUCCACUUUUUUAGGAAUGACAAAUAGAAAAAUGGAUGGAUGGAUAGAUAGACAGACAGACAGACACAUCAGUUAGUUCGAUACUUGAUGACUUAAAGCAUCACAGUCAUAUGCUGAAUUACGUUUAGAUUGACAAUAUGAUGUUUAAAAAUGUCUUCUUAUAAAAGUAAAUGUGGGAGUGUUAUCUAUGAGUUUGUACCCGUGGUGAUUGAAGUUUAAGUCAGGAGGGGGUUCAAGUUAAGUUUAGAGUAGACUGUACUUUGGUGCAGUGGCCCACUCGUAAUCAUUACCGUUGCAAAGUCUCUUAAAAAGAGUGAGUUGGAUGACAUAACUCUAUAGGUUUUUUCUGUCAGUUUCACUAUACUGUAACCAAAAUUGGAGUCGUGUGGGAGCACAUUAUACUGUAGGGUUCAUUAUACAAUGCGAAGAGGAGGCGGGGGUAAUUACCUGAUAACGUAGUCGUAGAUGUCAAGGUAUCACAGUUAGAAAGUAUGCAUUACAUCUUAGAGCCUUACGAGGUGUCUUUAAAAAAUAUAUUCUAAGAAAUUUAAACUUGAACAAAGUGGAGCUUAUAUCCUUGGUAAAAAACGGUGAAUAAGUAAAGAAUGCAAUGAGGAAAUAUCGGAUUAAAGAUUUCAUUGCUAAACACCGAGAGUGUUAACAAUUCUGAAGAAACACCUUUGGAGACAUGAAGCAUAGAACUCGGAGACAAGAACUUUAAAAGUUGAAAUGGAGCAGCCGGGAAGGCUUAAAAGAGAGUUAUUUUUAGCGUGACUUAGUGGGGUAAAUUUAAGUGUAUAGUAGAUUGUGAUGUGUGAGAGUCGCUUCUUUGUAACACUUAACUUACAAAGUAUAGACAAACAAAUUACUUAAACGGUAGGUGUUUAGGACAUUUUCCCUUACGGAUCAAUUAUACCGCAAACUAUCUAAAAAAUAGUUUAGUUACAGUGGUGCUACCCUUAAGAAGAGUCUACCUAUAAUCUCAGAGAGAAAGUAUCGCCAAGUCAGUUUAAGCACCUACUACAUCUCAAAUUUACAGAUUAGAUACACUGCAUUCAUGAAAAACAGGAUUUAGUUGGUAAAUAAUUUGAUAGAAUACACACUGAAGUUAGUAAUUUUUAAUGUUAAGAUUAAGUAGUUUUAGGGGCCAUAGAUUUGCUAAGAUUUCACAUAAGCUUUUGACGAAAUUGAUUUACCUACCAACAUGAAAGUAGUUGGACUAAAUGAUGAUUCUGUAUUGAAAUUUUCACAUGAGUGUGAUAUCAUCAUAAGUCAAUGAAAACUCUAAGCAAAAACAGGAACACUGACGUAGGCACGGAUAGAAAGCCGUGACUAAGUAGUGAUUGUCAGAAUUUUGAUAAACGAUAUUUAAGUUUCCCGAAGAAAUGACGAUCUUUUGCUGUGAAUCAACAUUUAAGAGUUAGUUAAUUUUCUGCAUGCUCUUUAAUUUGAACGUUAGACGUAUAUUUCUGAACUAGUUGUAAAUCAGUUCAAUUUUUGUAGAUUGUUGAGAAUGUUUUGUUGAGUAAUUAUAUCUUCAUUAUAUAGGUAUUUCCGCGAAUUAAAGGGCUGCAUAUCAGUGAUUAUACUUUCA